AUGAAUCAACCAGCAAGAGGCUCACGCGUAGUGUUCGUGGGCAACAUCCCUUUUGAAUUAACUGAAGAGCAACUGAUUGACAUUUUCAAAGAAGUCGGCCCUGUCGCUUCAUUUCGUUUGUUAUUCGAUCGUGAAACAGGACGACCGAAGGGAUAUGGAUUUUGCGAGUUCUAUGAUGCUGAAACGGCAGCAAGUGCUGUGCGAAAUUUGAACGACUAUGACAUUGGCGGUCGACAGAUCCGUGUUGAUUAUGCUGCCAUGGAUCCUCACUUGGACAACCAACGACACCACAAACAACAUCAACAGCAGCAGCAGCAGCAACCACCACAACCUCCUAGAUCCGGACCUCCUCCACCGCAGGCACAAGCACCUCAACAGCCACCACCACCCAUGAUGGGACAACCGCCCGGUAUGCCACCAAAGCCGCCGGGAUCUGGUACCUCAGUCGAUGAAAUCUCCAAAGUGUUGGCGUCCAUGAGCUCACAGGAUCUAUUUACAUUAAUGACGCACAUGAAGCAAAUGUCCUUUGAUCGACCAGGCUUUACACGCGAGUUUUUGGGAUCCAAUCCGCAGGUUGCAUACGCAUUAUUCCAAGCAAUGGUAAUGAUGAACAUUGUUGAUCCAAACAUUAUCACGAGAAUUAUGAGCAAUCCAACCGGCGCAACACAGUCGCCAGUUGCUCCACCUUCAGCACCGACACAGCCUGUACCGCAGCCGAUGCAACCGCCUAUGCCUAUGCCUCAGCAGCAACAACCACAACAACCACAACCACUGCCACAACCGCCACAGCAGCAGCAGCAACAACAACACCAACAACCGCAGCAUUUACCACCACAAAUGGCUCCACAGAUGACACCGCAAAUGCCCUUUAUGGCGCCUAUGGGAGGUGCAGCAGCAGCAAUGGGAGCAGCACUUGGUGGAGAUGUCAAAGAGCAGCAAAAGGCAUUGUUGAUGCAAGUAUUACAACUGACGGACGAACAAAUCAAUGCACUUGGUCCAGAGCACAGAGAUCAAAUAAGGCAACUGAAAGCACAGCUUAUGCAACAGCCGAGAUAG